CUCCAGUGAGAGAGUUUAUUCAUGGCGACCAACGGCCUCAGAGUUGACGAAAUCCGCGCUCAGCUGUCUCAACGUGGUCUUAGCACCGCCGGAGUCAAGUCUGUUUUGCUUCGGAGGCUUGAAGAGGCUCUUGAAGAUGAGAGAAGGAACUCGGGGGAUUCCAACGGCGAUUCGAGAGCUAGUCGUAAGAGGCAGAGGGAUCAUUCUGACGCUGACAAUGACGAUUCAGAAUCCCGGCGGAAAAUCAAAACAGUUGACGAGUUGCGAAGCAUGAAUUUGACGCAGCUUCGUGAGGAGGCCUCGAUUCGCCGAGUUUCUGCUGCUGGAACGAAGAAAGAGCUCCUGGAGAGGCUUUGUGCUGAUGAGAACAACAUUGCAAGCAAUGAUCAAGUUAAUAAUGAUGGCAAGGACGAAGCUGAUUCCAGUCCAGCAGUCAAGAAAACAACCGAUCAGUUGCAAUCAAUGAACGUAAAGCAGCUUCGAGAAGAAGCUGCUAGCAGAGGAAUUUCAUCAACUGGCACAAAGAAGGAGCUUCUGGAGAGACUUUGCGCUGACAGUAACACGGUUUCAAGCAAUCUUGGGUCAGAUGCAUCUGUGAAAGAUGAAAAGCAGGAGAAAAUUGUUACCGCUACCAUGAAAGGUUCUGCUGUUCUGGACCAAUGGCUGCCAGACCAUGUUAAAGGACAGUAUCAUGUUCUGCAAGUGGGUGAUGAAAUUUAUGAUGCCAUGUUGAAUCAAACAAAUGUUGGGGAGAACAAUAACAAGUUUUUUGUCCUUCAAGUUCUAGAAUCUGAUGAUGGUAGCAAAUUCAUGGUCUACUUCAGAUGGGGUCGAGUUGGUGUGAAGGGUCAAGACAAAUUGAAUGGGCCCUACACCUCACAACAAGCUGCAAUAACAGAAUUUGAGAAAAAGUUUGUUGACAAAACUAGGAAUAGCUGGACCAACAGAAAAAAUUUUGUUAGUCGCCCACGGUGCUAUACUUGGUUAGAGAUGGAUUAUAGUGACACCAAAACUGCACAAUCGGUCAAAGAAAAGUGUGAAUCUAAAGUGCCAAAAGAACCCCAGGAAUCAAGGCUGGAAGCUCGAAUCGCAAAAUUCAUAUCUCUUAUUUGCAAUAUGAGCAUGAUGCAGCAACAAAUGAUGGAAAUAGGUUAUAAUGCUGAAAAACUACCAUUGGGUAAAUUGAGCAAGUCAACAAUUUUGAAGGGCUAUGAUGUUUUGAAAAGAAUUUCUGAUGUGAUUAGUCAAGCUGAUAGGAAGACACUCGAGCAAUUGAGCGGAGAAUUUUACACUGUAAUUCCCCAUGACUUUGGAUUUAAAAAAACAAGUCUGUUCACUAUUGACACCCCUCAAAAGCUGAAGAGCAAACUAGAAAUGGUUGAAGCACUGGGUGAAAUUGAGGUUGCAAUGAAGUUGCUUGAGGAUGACAAUGAUCUGGAGGAUCCGUUGUAUUCUCAAUACUCACGGCUUCAUUGUGAGCUCACCCCAAUCGAAGUUAAUUCUGAGGAAUUUCGUAUGAUUGAGAAGUACACCAAGAACACUCACGCAAAGACACAUUCAAGUUAUAAAGUUGAUAUCGUCCAGUUAUUUCGGGUGUCGAGGGAGAAUGAAGCCGAGCGGUUUGAGAAAUUUUCAGGUACAAAAAACCGUAUGCUACUGUGGCACGGUUCCCGUCUCACGAACUGGACUGGAAUUCUGUCCCAAGGGCUGCGCAUUGCUCCUCCGGAAGCACCUGUAACUGGCUACAUGUUCGGCAAAGGCGUAUAUUUUGCUGAUAUGUUCUCAAAAAGUGCUAAUUAUUGCUGUUCGACUAGAUCUGCAUCUGCCGGGGUGCUGCUUUUAUGUGAGGUAGCCUUGGGGGACAUGGCUGAGCUUCUAUCUGCUAAUUAUGACGCGGAUAAGUUACCGACCGGGAAGCUCAGCACAAAAGGAGUGGGCGCAACAGCACCAGACCCAUCGGAGGCGAAGACACUGGACGACGGCGUGGUGGUUCCCUUAGGAAAACCAAAAGAGCAGCAGCACCAAGCUGGGGGUGCCAAGGGUUCUUUGCUUUACAAUGAAUACAUCGUCUACAACGUGGAGCAGAUUAGAAUGCGAUAUUUGGUCCAAGUCAAUUUCAACUACAAAUAAACUUCAAUUCUCACUUCUUCCAGCAAUAGAUGCUUUUUUUUGGUAUGACUAUUAUAACUGAUUAAUGCUGUUACAUCUACAAUCGAUUGUUGUAUGAGCUGUGACUUGUGAAUUACUAUUAAUGUCUGUCUGUAUGUAUGUAAUUGUGUAUGUAUGUAUUUUCAUA